CCCACUUCCUUCUCCUCGGCUCGGCGGCCGCCUCCGCCCCACUCCCCACUUCUCCCCCAAGAAAAAGCCGAAUCAUGGACACCAGCGGCGCCGCCGCCGCCGCCGCCGGCGGAGGCAGCGAGGAGGAGGACCAGGCCCGCCUGGCCGCCAUCACCGACAACCUCAAGGCCCGUGACUCGAUCCGGCUGUACACCUGGCUCUCGCACCGGUGCUUCUCCGACUGCGUCACCACCUUCUACCGCAAGACGCUGGGCAAGCGCGAGGGGGACUGCGUCCGCGCCUGCGUCCGCAAGUACCAGCUCGCCACCGCCGCGUCCGCCGCCCGCUUCAACAAGCUCGCCGACCCCUCCGCCGCGGCCGACGACGAGGACGAGGACGACUGAUUCGUGCGGCCCUGCGCUCCACUCCACCCUCGGCUGGGGGAACUUUUUUGCCUGCUCUGGUUAGUCUUCUGCAGUUUGAGUUCUGAUGUAGCGCUUGUGAUGCCUGAGAGAGACACCAGUAGUGACAGAGUAGAACGAACCACGGAUUCUGAAUUUCUGAUGCGAUAUUGAUUGCGGCUGUAUCGAACCACACCACGGAUUCGGAACAUGGGUGGAUGCAAACAUGCAUGGUUUCCAUGCUUUACAAACUUAGUAUCGGUGAAUGUUUCACUGAAUGUCAUGCAUUUCCUUGUCUGAUUGAAA